AAAUAGUCUAGGAUUUUAAGAACUUGAAACUAUCUGACUUUCUUAGACGAUUAAAGCUUUUUAAAUAUGGCAACUGCUACAAAACCGGAUGUUAAAGGGACUUAUCCUAGUUGGUUUGAAAAUCUACAUGCUGAAGGGAGAGCAGCUGAAGACUCUAGAAAUCUGUCAUAUGAUCAUAGACAAUUAGUCAGAGCAACACGUAUUGAAACGGAUAUUAAGACAAAAUAUGAUCAAUUAGAUACAAAUAAUCGUCUAUCUGAUCGUAUUUGGACUGUACGUCAGUGGAGGGAUGAAUUGAUCAAUCAAUUGAAUCGACUUAAAGAACGUAUGACACAUUUAAGAGAUGCUAAACACGUGACAGAAGAAUUUAUGGUUAAGCUGAAUGAUACAUUGGGCGUUAAUACAGAAUCAUUGACAAAUUUAGAUCGUAGACGAAAUGGUGAAAAUAUUGAUGAUCCAGUGUUUCAAGAAUUAAAUAAAGAACGUGCUUUACUGAAAGAUUUACAAAAAGAUCUACAAUUACAAAUUGAUGAUGCAUUUCAUAUGCUCAAUGAAAUGAAUAAUGCAGCUAAAGCUUUUUAUUCAGAUAUUGCUAAUAAAAAUGAUGCAAUGCAUAUUGAUAUUGAUGUAUACAAUAUGAAUGAAAAGUCAUCUGGUGUCGGUUACAAACCAUUCUAUGAUCGGUUGCCAGAGAAUUCAUUAGAUUUACAAACAUGGGAGGAUAUUAGUCGUAAAACACUGGAUAAUGCUAAAGCAGCUAUUCUUAAAGGUGGUGAUCUAUUGCAUAAAUUACAUAAUGGCCUACAUAUGGCAAUGAAUCGUAUGGCUAAUCAAGCUGAUCAAGUCAGUGGUGUACUGCGCAUGAGAAUGCAUGAUACUCUAAGAGCAUUACGUGAAGUAGAAUAUCAACUUAAAGCUACUGAAAAAGAAAGAGAUGAACACUUAAAAGAUAUACGCAAUUUAGAAGAUACUAUACGAGCUAAAAAAGCCAGUUUAAAGUUAGCUGAAACACGAUUGGAGAAACGACAUGAUAGACAAGGGAAUGAAAAUAUUAAAGAUGCUCCAUAUAUCGGUCUACUCGAAGAAGUAUCAGCACUACGUGAUAGUAUAGAUGUAUUAGAAGAGAAAUUAGCUAAAUCAAGAAAUAUAUUACAUAACUUAGAAGAACAAAUUGCACAAUUAUGUCAUGAUGCCCAAAGAAAACGUCAAGCUUUACAAAUCUAUGAAGAAAUUCAAAAUAUACGUAAACGUUUGGAGUAUCCACCGACGGCUAGUUCUCCACCGUGUCCAAUGAUACCGGCAGGAAUUAUUCGUGAACCGACUAUCUUCUAGUUUUUUUUAAAAAUCCAACCAUGACUUCAUCAGUUCUAUGCAUCUGUAUUUUGUGAAAUCUUUGGAUGAAUUUUCAUCUCUUGACGGAUA